AUCAUAAACAUUACUAUAUAACCAAUUAUAUGUAUAAUCAUGAAAACCGUAAUAAUGCAAUUUAGAAAGUAAUAUGUCAAACGCUUUGGAUAAAUCUAAAAGGAUGCCAAGAGCAUAUUCAUUGUUGUUAAGGGCUGUAAAUAUUUUAUCCACAAGUUGCAAAAGAGCCAUAUCUGUGGAGUAGUUUUUUGUUGUUGUUGCUCAUACAGUGUUGAUUUAAAUGUUUCAACAUACCCUUAUACACACAUUUUUCUAGGAUUUUAGAAAAACAUAGUAGUACAGAUAUAAAACAUAGUAGUACAGAUAUAAAACAUAGUAGUACAGAUAUAAAACAUGGUAGUACAGAUAUAAAACAUGGUAGUACAGAUAUAAAACAUGGUAGUACAGAUAUUGGGCGAUAAUUUGUAAAAGACCUUGGAUCCCCAGAUUUAUAGAGGGGGAUAACUUUGGCAAUUUUUCAAAUCUUGUUUGCAUAGAUUUGGUGAAGAUACGUUAGAGGCUCAGUGAUCGAGAAAGACACCGAUUUCACCAAUAUCAUCAUGACCUGCUGCUGAUAUCUUUAAGUUACCAAUUACCGCCAUCACCUCCAUUACAUCAGGAGGAUAACACUGAAGUAGAGAAGGGAAAUGUCCCUUAAUGUAAUCCAAGGGAUUUCCUUCAGUUUUCUCAAUUUUCUUUGACAGCGAAAAACCCACAUUCACAAAAAAGUGAUUAAAUACACAUAAAAUACCAUCAGGAUCACUAUAGGUCUCAUUUCCAACAAUAAAUUGAGAUGGGAUAGUUGGAGAUGCCUUUUUCCUAUUCAACAGUUGAUAAACGAUUUUCCAAGUUGACUUUCUAUUAUUUAAGGAUUCUUGGAAUUUGUUAGUAAAAUAUCCGAAGUGGGGAGUAAAUUUGUUCUUAUACUUUUUGUGAUUUGCAGAAUUCAGCGGAGAGGGAUUUGUGAUAAAUGUUUUAUACAACCCCUUUAUUUUUACUGAGGAUUUUUUGAGACCGGUUGUAAACCAAGGUUUCCAGAACCCUUCUGCUGCUUUCUUACGUGGUUUAACUAAAGGAAAGCAGUGAUGAAAUACAGAGUUGAAAGAUGUGAUUAAAGUGUGGUAAGCAGACUCCACAUCGGCCUGAUUAUUUAAAAAAUCCCAUUAACUAUUAUCAACCAUCUUAAAGCGCUCACAAUUACUUUAGUUAAAUAUUCUACCAUUUAAUGCUACUAAUUAUUCCCAUCUGCUCAUUUCCAGCUGCCAAAGAGAAGGGUAAAAUUGGAAAGUGAUAAAAAAUUCAGUAUAAAGUAUACCACAUUAUUCAAAGAAUUUGUAAAAAAAUAUAUAUUAUCAAUAAGCGUGGCAGGUGAACUAACUGGUCACUCUUGCGGGCUUAUAGAUGAGGGGAUACAGAUAGCUGGAGUAUAAAGUAUUCGAAAAGUCUGAUGUCAGUGAGUGGUUCUCACUUUUAAAUACAUGUAUGUUGUAAUCACCCAAUAUAAAAAUACAAAAAUCUUCAUUAUUAUAUCAAAUCCAAGGUUCAUGCAAUGAUAUCAAUGAAACUACCAAUGUCAGAAUCGGGUGGCCGAUAGAUGCAGCCAAUUACCACUUCUUUACAACCAAAAAAUGAACUGGAGGUAAUUUUUAGGAAAAGAGAUUCAACAACAAUGUUAUCAGAUGUAAGUGUGAGGUCCUCUCUUACAAAGAAUCGAACAUGUUUAUGAACAAAAACGGACACGCCUCCUCCCCCUCCUGAGGUUCUACAGUGGUGAACAGCAUUAUAAGGAGACAUGUCAUAAAGCAUUGCUGUCUCUUCAGUCAACCAUGUUUCUGAAAGUGCAACAAUGGAAAAUUCAUGAGGUGGUCAUGUUUUUUUAGGAAGACGGCGAACAUUGAAAUGAAAGUUAGAAAAUAAGCUUGUCUUUGAAUUAGAUGAGCAAUUUACAACCUGUAUAGCAGUUUAACAUUACAAGAAUCACAAGUGAUACUUAUUUCUGGUAAAUUUCAGGACAUUUGAACCUAGAUCAACACAAUCAUUAUAUUUAUCGUUCGCUUCAUUAAUAUCUAAUGGUUUAAAGAUCAUGUUAUCAGGGUUGAUAUCCUGCCCAACUAAGACAUACCGUCGGAAUCAUCUAGAGUAGAACGGAAACAUAGAAGUGCUUGGGUCAUACUUUGGUGUCAAUGUAACUAGGCAAGAGUAGUAUGGUAUGUCCCUUGUUGUCAGAGUGACAGGAGAAGUAGGAGGGCUCUGACCUCAGCAUGGCCAGGCAGAGGGAGGAUACUGAACAUGUAGCCACACUAACUGCUUAGUGAUAGGGUGAACGCCAACAGGGGGGAAAGGAUUCAAUGUUUCAAUGCGUAUGGUCAAGUCUGAUUUUUUAAAAAAUCAGGUCAAAGGUUUACACUUAACAUUUCUUGAAACAAAACCAUGUCAAUAAACAAGUUAAUGAAUCAUUAAUUUACCAAUAGCUUCGAAUCGAGGUUCAAAACCAGUAAAUGCCAAGAGCGCAGACACCACAAGACAUCUAUCCCGACACUUAACCUGAACAGUUCCUGAAAGACGAAUUAAAGUUCAUACCAAUCAGAUUUCCAUUGAUUUAAAAACUGUAUUCUAAAAAGCAUCAUAGGCUAGUAGAAGCCACAAACAAUGCAAGCAGUUUAAAGGAAACGCUAGAUGGGUGAGAAUGAAUCAAUUACUGCCCUGCAGUAGAAUUUAAGACGAAUUGAAUCACUAUUAUAGAAGUUAGUACAAUGUUAUAAAACCAUUUAUAUUAAUGAGUUUACCUGAAGUAAAAUCCAGUUGCCAUUUAUUUAAUGAAGAUGCAGCUCCUUGACCAAAGAUUUCGAUUCUAGCAGCAUGCAAAGCACUACAGCAACGUCUUUAUAGUGUUCUGCCCAUUAUGGAAAGUCAGACUGCAUGUUUUUUUGUUUUGUUUUUUAUACUCGCCUAUCUUAACGAUAUAAUUGACCACAGAUUUAAGACAGUUGCCAAUCUGCAAUUUCACUGAUCUACAAAGCAUCUCGAUAGUUUUAUAAUUUAUAUAAUUGAAAGUAGGUUUAAUGGAUUUAGAAGUGGCCUAUACAGAUAUUAUUCAAAUCAGAGACGAUUAAUUCCUCCCUGGAAUGGCCAGCUGGUGGCGCCAUGCUCAUUUACAAAAUGCCAAUGCGCAUCAAUUGGCUAUGACGCCUGUGGAUCAAUCAACAACAAAACUUGUGCGAACAUGUUUCCGUACCUUGAGAGCUUAUUGCUAAUUAAUUAGAAAUAAUUGAAGCUUCCAAAACAGUUUUAUUAGCCUAUUUUCAUUGUGCAUUGAUCGUUGCUGCUCCUUUCAGAUUGCAUUUGUUGUAGUGAAAGAUAAAGGUCUUUGCAGCAAUAUGAGCGACAGACAUGGAAGUUCUGGAAAGGUCAAUAGCCCAAGGCAGGUGGUCCUUCCUCCAUUCUCCAACAGGACCCUCCACCAUCCCUCCUUUCUGCCCCUGUACAUGGCAGCCAUGGGGUCAGCCCAGUACCCCUGGAGACCCCACCAACAGCCAGUUCCAGUUAUGACUCCCUCUGAGUUCUUCUACACGGACCCCACCAUGCACCGGGGACGACGGGUACCGAACAUCGUGACCGAGUUGCAGGUUUUUGAGUGCUUCCAACUCAACACCCCUCGCCCCAUCAUGUCCUCUUGCCCCGCGCCCCUCGUCAGACCUGACCCCUUCAGAACACAACCCCACCCUACCAGAGACCUGGGUGGCCACACCUGGAGGAGGGACCAUCCCCAUCUGCCCAUCACCCCCAGGCCGAGGCCCCUCGCACCCAGGCCCAGAGAGAGGGGACAGAGUCGGGCUGUGAUCCAGCUAACCCUGGAGGAGGACCAGGCUAUAACCAACCUACUGAAGCUCCAUCACCAAGAGCCUGUCCAUCCAGAGGUCACCACCGCCGUCACCUCCACCCAGGUGGAUUGUCCUGAAGGAACAUCACCAGUUGAUCACACCUCAACCCUCAGCCAGCUAUCAGUGGGUCAGUUCAUUCCCACCUCCAACCCAUCUCCAGCUGAAGAGAUGGGGCUCUUUCACAGAGAGGACCAGCUCUUUGUGUCAGCCAUCUUGGAGCCCCAAUAUCAGAACCAGGCCAGACUGAGGUCUGAUGUGGAGCUGGAGGCAGCGAACGCAUUGCUCACUAUGGAUGAGGAGUCGGCCGGCCUGAUGGAUGAUGAAGGGACCUGGAACCAGAUUCAGACCCUGGACAGGCCCUCUAACAGAAGCCCUGAGAAUCUACACCUCCAGUACUUCUCACCCGAAGAGUGUGAUUGUGAUACACUGCCAUUAGAAGACGAUGAAAGCUGCCUAUCCCCCAACGCUUUGCCUCCAAUAACCAGUACUUGGGAUGCGGUGGCCCUGAGAAAUGGGACUGUCACAGAGUCUGAAGGGACGGCUGUGGAUGCCCUGUUAAGACUGGGUGACCUCACAACCCCAUGUUGUCCUCAUUUCAGUUAAAUCGGCCACAAAUGUACACAACAUAUUUGACAGUUAAUCUCAGUUUCAAUUAGAGAAAAUAAAACUGUGAAGACCUUUUUACAAGUUAAGUGUGUACCACACAGUUUAAUUAACCACUACAUUUUCCUAUGUGCCUUUUGGAUUUUGUUACUUGCCAAAUAGUUAAUAAAUAUUAUAAUAUAUUCAUAUUUUAGACUCAAGUCAAUCUUAUUUGAUCUGUUGAAAGAAACACUCCCAUUGAAAAACACUAUAGAGUUUUAAUAAGAACACUACGGUCUUGAACCAGAUUAAACCCACUCACUCACUCAAACAAACGGUAUGGAAUGCGGUUUUAACCAAUCAGCAUUCAGGACUAGACCCACCCCGUUGUAUAAAGAAGUAAUAGAGACCUGUUGAUAUCUUAGUUUGGCUCCACUAGAUGAUGAAGCUCCAUGUUACCAAUAUUACUACUGUACAUCACAUACAACCAGGUUUUGUGGUUUUGACAUUAUGUACGUGACUUAGCUAUGACUUUUUUUGUGUCCAAAAAUGGCAGUCAAAUGUAUUCAAUCCUGUAGUGAGGACGAUAAAACAGCUGUAGGCUUCUAGUACAAUCCAUUGGAAGGCACUUCAGAGUUUGAUCUACAGUGGGGAAAAAAAGUAUUUAGUCAGCCACCAAUUGUGCAAGUUCUCCCACUUAAAAAGAUGAGAGA